UUGCAGGUGCGUGCGCCACAAUACAUUGCGCAGAGGAUGCAGACGUGUUAACUAUUUUAAAAAGCGCUUUAUUUACUGACAGGCUGUUUGCUAUUAUUUUAAAACGCUUAUUAACAAGCAAAGCUAAUCUGCAUAAGACGAAGUGAGUUUUUCAGAUUUAUUUCUGCAUAGGCUACUAUUGAUUUGAACAGCGCAGAUACCACAACACAGCAGGUGCCGGUUAUCGUCAGAUAAGUAUAGGCUUCGUGUGAUUCAUCAAUAGAUCGUAUAGUUAUAUUUUUUAUUUGUAUCGUUUAUAAAAGUUUUAUUCAAUGGAUCGUUUCAAGUUGGUUUUGCAAUAUUUUCAGUCAAAUUCUGAGUCCAUCUCCAAUGGUAUCUGUAUUAUACUGUCCUUAAUCAGCGUCAAGCUGUAUACAAGUUUUGAUUUCAACUGUCCAUGUUUACCUCAAUACAACAAGAUGUACGCACUGGGGGUCAUGUUUGUCCCUCCUGUUAUAUUGUUCUUUUUGGGAAUAUUAGUUAAUCGUCAUACAGGUGUGUCUAUGGAAGAAUGGGUCAGACCCAUUGGAAGGAGGACAAAAAAUCCAGCAGUGGUUAAAUUUCUUCUCUCAGCAGUGAUUCAGCGUUCCCUUCUGGCCCCCAUGGUCUGGAUUCUAAUGACUCUCCUAGAUGGAAAAUGUUUAAUCUGUGCGUUCAGUAUGAACGUAAACCCCAAAUAUUUCACAGGCCUACCCAACAGCACCGGCCUGGAACUGAUGAAGAUCAUGGCUAAAGUAUCCUGCAAAGAAGAUGUCAUCUUCAAAAACAGUAGUUAUCGCAAAGCUAUAUCACGCUAUGUGCGUUGUUACUCCCAGGCAAUAGGCUGGUCAAUCCUCCUCAUCCUCAUCUUUUUGGGCGCCGUGGCUCGCAUCACGAAGCCUUGCUUCAACUACCCCACUUUUCUGCAGACCCGCUACUGGAGCAAUUACCUGGACGUUGAGCAGAAACUUUUCGAUGAGACCUGCGUGCUACAUGCCAGAGAUUUUGCCAGAAAAUGUGUAAUGCAGUACUUUGAAAGCAUGCGUGAGGAUGAAUCUUUGAGGCUUCCUCUCACAUAUGCCAUCAGACCCGGCCAAAUCCAAAACGACAUGGAGGAAGAAGACGACCGUCUGCAUGGCAUAACAAGACAAGAUCAAGUAGAUAAUUUGCUGGAAAGUUGGUUCGAGUGCAAACCGGAGCUGGAUGUGACCAGAAUGGCUUAUAAACCAAGAGUGUGUAUCACCUGGGAAGACAACGAGGGAAAGGCUCUAUUCUCCGAUGUGUAGACUAGAGAAAGAAACACAGAUCAUACUUAGAUUCAUGCUACUAACUGACAUGUUCAUAUAAUAUUAAUAAAGAUACUCAUAGCACUGUUUAACCCCUUGUAUUGUGUUGUUCUAAGAAGAUUUUUGACCAUUCAGGAGCUUUUGCGUUGACCAACUUCAAGAGUCUGCAUACCAGUGCAUUUGACUAUGCUGGGAUUUAGCUUUGUGUAAUUUUGCAUGUGUCCCUGCACACACAUUACGUAACAACCUCAUGGAUAUGGCUUUGAUGCAAAUGACUGCAGAACCUAGGCAACAUCUUAAAAAAUAAAAUGUAGAACAUUAAUAUAAAAAUAAUGUUGAUAUUAUAUGUAUGUUAUUUAGCAUGGUAGGUCAUUUACUGUCAUUAAAGGGCCUUUUUGUAUACAGUACAGCCCUUUGCUUAUAUAAUUGUACAUUUGUUUAAAAUACAUAU